AUGGGGCAACGCUUCUCCGUCUUCUCGUCCAAGAGUAACACGGCCGCCGAAGAAUAUCUGGCCAAGCCUAGCGGCGCUUGCUGUCUGGAGGGCACGAUCCAUCAAGGGGUGUCGCGCGGCAAGUGGGAGACAAUUGCAGAUGUCGAAACCUACAUCGCCACUCCGCCUGCCGGCAAGGAGAAUGGAAACGUCCUGCUCUACUUUCCCGAUGUGUGGGGUAUGUUCCCCAAUGGAUUAUUGGUGAUGGAUGCCUUUGCGGAUGCCGGAUAUCUCGUCCUUGGCCUGGAUUACUUUCGGGGGGACCCCGUUUGGAAGCACCGAAAGAACCGCCACGACAAAACCAACCCAAACUUUGACUACGAGGCGUGGAAGCGCAAGCACACUGCCUUUGCGGACGAGGCUGUCCCCAAAUGGGUCAAGGCCGUCUCAGAUCGUUACAAAGGCGAUGGCGUCAAGUUUGCCUGCGUGGGAUAUUGCUUUGGCGCGCCGUAUGUCUGUUCGGAGCUUGCCAAGGACACGGUUUCGGUCGGCGCCUUUGCGCAUCCGGCGUUCCUAAAAGAGCAUCACUUUGAGAACAUCAAAAAGCCAUUGUUCCUAUCAUGUUCCGAGACCGACCACACGUUCGACGUGCCAUCACGGAGGCGCGCGCUUGACAUCCUGGAAAAAGGAGGAAAGAUAUAUCACUACCAGCUUUUCAGCGGUGUAAGUCACGGCUUUGCUUUGCGAGGGGACCCCAGCGAUCCAUAUCAACGCUGGGUCAAGGAGCAAAGUCUCGCGGGAAUCGUGAACUGGUUCGACUACUGGCUGGCCCAAUGA